AUGACCUAUGUUCAUCGUCAACGUUAUGGUUAUGCUCAAUAUUUUGGACCUAAACCACAACUUGUUCAUUGCCCAACUUGCAACCAAAACACAACAACUAAACUUAAAUAUGUUCAACUUAAAUGUUUGGAGGUGGUAAUGUAUAUUUUGUUUGCAGCUAUAAUAAUUGUCUUUGGUGUUGGUAGCAUUAUUACAUGUACAACAUCUGAUAGUAGGUUUUCUGAGUGUUUUAUGCUUACUAGUUGUGGGGUUCUGAGUUUAUUCGUUUUUAUGUCUAUUUGUGUGCCUUUUUUGUUCUGUGACAAAUGUAAGAAUGCUGAACAUUAUUGUAGUGUUUGUAACACUUUUGUUGGUAAAUAUGUAAAUGACGAUACAAGGCCUGUAGUUAUAUUACCACCAGAAUUAUAUAAACAUGAAGUCUAUCAACCUAAGAAUAAUAAUGUUUAG